AAUCAAUUAAAAUGGAUACGACUCGACAGAGACACAGGAGUGCAAGAAGUGCAAGAAGAGUUAUGCACACACCAGAAAGAGAGCCAGGAUUAAAGAGCAACAAGAUAGAGUUCUUGACAAAGUCUUUCCUCAAGGUAAACAAGUCUCCUCCAAGAUUCAAUACUAAGGAAGAAAUGGAAAGAAGAGAAGAUGAUGAAAUUUGUCCGAAGUAUGGGCAUCCAAUUAUUGCUUAUGAAGAAGAUGAUGGAACUACCUUGUGCGAAAAAUGCAUCUACCACGGAAAUGUGAGGAAGCCAGUAUUCACAGCCACUGUUGCCAAUCAGAUCAAGAAAAGAUUCGACCAAGAGUUUUCCAUCUUCGAGGAAUUAUGUGAGAAGCUAACUUCCCUCAAUCCAAGAGAGGUGAGAAAUGAAAUCCAAGGCUCAAUCACCAAUUUCUUUGAUGCAAUUAGAGAAAAAUGUGAUGAGCUUGAAGAGAAAGUCGUUGCCAAGGUUGAGAACUCUAAAAACCUCAACAGGCUGUUCGAUAUCCUCAACGAUACCCAUAGCUAUAUGGACAAGAACUGUGUCGCUGAGAAAUUUGAUUCUGAGGCAACUUUUCUUGACUCUAAGAUCUCUGAAACCAGAUAUACUUAUGUUUGUCAAAGAAAGCAGCACUAUGAUGAUGUGAUUGAGCAGAUCUCUACUGACAAUCAGAAGUUGUCUGAUGCUGUUGAAGAGGCAGACAAGAUGAUCAAAACCAUCUUUGAGCUGACCAACGGAAAGGAUGACACUCUUAUGCAGAACACCAUGAAUGAUUUGAUCAGUAAAUCAAUGAAAAUUGAUAAAAAGAACCCUGAUUUUACCAACCUAACUGAUACUGAGAGAAGGGCAAGAAACACUGAUAUUCUUAGCUAUGGUAAAGAAGAGAACAAAGAGGACAGUGAGUUGAUCAAGCAUGAGAUAGACUUCAGUGCCACUGAGCAUAAGGAUGGCAACUGGAAGGCAGAGGAGAUGAAAGAGAUGUACUUCAACCAAGAAGGAACUCUCUAUAAGAGAUCAUUAGAGGAAGGUCAAGUCACAGAGACUCAAAUUAUGGACCUCAAGCUUCACCUACAGAAGGUCAUCACUGUACCUAGUGGAAGAACUAGCAAGGUCUUCUUGAUCGGAGGAGCCAAAGAUUUGGAGGGUAAAACAGCUGUUUCUCAAUGCUUUGAAGUAAACCCAGCUAAAAAGACUACCACAAAAGUUGAUAGCUUGCCUGUUGCUAAGUUAUCUUUCGCUGCAGCUUUAUCUUCAGAUGCCAAGAAUAUUUAUAUUGCAGGAGGAUCCACCGGAGAGAAUAGAGCCACAGAUGAAUGUGGAUGUUUCAAUGUAAACAAGAAGAAGUGGUCUCCUCUUCCUUCAAUGAACAAUGCAAGAUUCUCUAACUCUUUGAUCGUUUGUGAGAACACUGACUUGUACUGCUUUGGAGGAGUUGAUAAUGGAACUAGUGAUCCAACAAGAUUCCCUCCCCUCAAGAGUAUUGAAACUCUUGAUCUCACUGAAAAUAAUGGCAAAUGGAAAGAACUGAGCAUCACCUUGCCAUUCAAGACAACCAGCCCUGGAGCUAUCAGCCUCGGCCACAGAGCCUUCGUCGUCUUCGGAGGUUGGAACAGAAAUUUGCUGACAGUCUCAGUAAUAAUCAGACCUUCAGUUAAAGGAGAUGAAUAUGGCCUAGAAGAAUCAGGAAGUCUCAAGAAGGGUGAUGUAUUCGUUGCUAAUGGUCUCGUCGCUAGAGAUGAAGCUAAGAAGGAGACUAUAAUCUUUGGAGCUUCUCACGCCCACGUGUAUAACCAAGAAGAAAAGACAUUCAUAACUCUCUAAGGGAUGUUCAAAACGGUGAUUAAAGAUUCCAAUCAAUUGUAUUC